UUUUGGUGUAGUUUUGGUAUAACAUGUGUUAACUUCACAGCCUCUGUUAAAACAAAAUUAUAAAGAAACAGUGUCGUUUUUGGUCUAGUUUUUUUUUUUUUUUCCUCAGGAUUUUGCUCCUCUAACCCACUUAUGAGAAAGGGUUGUUAAUUAAUCAGGUGAUUGAUAUGGUAGCUUGAAAAAAAAAAGGUAAUUACAAGCUGAAGAGGGUUAAGAUAUUGGCUUCAAUACACUUCUGUAAGCCUCUCUAAGAUGAGUAUGUUUAAGUACCUGGGCACGCGCAGGAGUCAGCUCUGUGCUGCUAGAAACUACCUUAAAGUACUGGGGUUUUCCUCUUUUCACACAGCUCCAAACUCUUCAAUUGAACUUCACACUCAAGAUGAAGAAGUGGUGAUUGCUUUGGGAAGUAAUGUAGGUGAUAGACUACAUAACUUCAAGGAAGCCUUGAAAUUGAUGAGGAAGUCAGGCAUACACAUCACAAGACAUGCAAGUCUGUAUGAGACAGCACCAGCGUAUGUUACUGACCAACCUCGUUUCCUCAACUCUGCAGUAAGAGCUGUUACCAAACUUGGCCCACAUGAGUUAUUGUCUGCACUCAAACGAAUCGAGAAGGACAUGGGUCGUACUGGCGGUAUAAGGUAUGGUCCAAGGCCAAUUGACUUAGACAUUUUGUUCUAUGGUAAAUUUAAAGUCAGAUCUGAUAUUCUCACAGUACCUCACGAAAGAAUUUGGGAACGACCGUUUGUCAUGGCCCCUUUGAUGGAUUUACUGGGAACAGCUAUUGACAGUGAUACAGUUACUAGCUGGCAUUCAUUUUCAGGCCAUUCUGGUGGGCUAAAUGCAUUAUGGGAAAAACUGGGUGGAGAAUCCCUUAUUGGAGAGGAAGGUAUGUAUAGGGUAAUGCCUGUUGCAAAUGGCUUACUUGACUGGUCGCAAAGAACAUUGGUCAUGGGGAUUCUUAAUUUGACUCCAGAUAGUUUUAGUGAUGGGGGGAAUUUUCAGUCUGUGAAGUCUGCUGUUUCUCAGGCUCGGUUAAUGAUAUCAGAGGGUGCUGAUAUAAUUGAUCUCGGUGCUCAGUCUACUCGGCCGAUGGCAUCAAGGAUCUCUGUCGAAGAAGAAUUAGGUAGAUUAAUCCCUGUCCUGGAAGCUGUAAAGGCAAUACCUGAGGCAGAAGGAAAACUCAUAUCUGUGGAUACUUUCUACUCAGAAGUUGCAUUAGAAGCAGUACGUAAAGGUGCUCAUCUUAUAAACGAUGUAUCCGCCGGGAAGUUAGAUGCAAAUAUGUUUAAGGUCAUGGCAGAGCUUGACGUUCCUUAUGUGGCAAUGCACAUGAGGGGUGAUCCGUGUACAAUGCAGGAUAGUGAAAACCUGAAAUAUGAUAAUGUUUGCAAGGAUAUAUCGGCAGAAUUAUACUCGCAGGUUAGAGAGGCAGAAAUGUCGGGAAUCCCGGCAUGGAGGAUUAUUAUGGACCCUGGAAUUGGAUUCUCAAAGAAAACUGAAGACAAUUUAGAGGUACUCACAGGAAUACCUGAUAUUAGAGAAGAGAUUUCAAAAAGAAGUUUGGCCAUCUCUCAUGCUCCUAUACUAAUUGGACCCUCAAGAAAGCGAUUUUUAGGUGAAAUUUGCUCUUGCCCUUCUGCAGUCGAGAGGGAUCCCGCUACCAUUGCUUCUGUCACCGCUGGUGUGUUGGGUGGCGCUAAUAUUGUUCGAGUGCAUAAUGUUAAAGAUAAUCUAGAUGCGGUAAAGCUUUGUGAUGCUAUUCUGAAACAAAAAAGUUCUCCCAUGAAAUUUAAACAGUGAUUUUAUCUUACUAUCAUGGUGUUGGCACUGUUUUUAUUCACAUGCCUGUGCUACCUUCUAGUGGCUUCAUUCCAACAAAUCUAUUACUGUUCUUUACCAUGUCUCGCUGCUACACCAAUGUCAUGCCAGAACAACAAAGGGUGAAGUGUAUUAAGAUGAUGGACGCAUGCAAAAUGGGAAUAAAGUUGAAACUUCGUGUCAGUCAAUGUUAAGCAUUCCAUUUUGAUAAACUUUACCAUAGUAGUUAUUACAUUUUUUGCCAUGUAUUUGUUUCACAAAUAAAAGUAUAUUCUAAGUUCCAGCAUUUCACUUGUGACUUAUUGUUUCA